AUGCCUGGGGACCAAGACGACGCAGAUCCGACGCCUUACAGCCUCCCAGCCGUGUUCGGAAACGCCGUCGUCACGUCCCUCCUCUCUCUCUCUCCGACCGCCACCGACGACAGUCUCACUCUUCGUGCGCUCGUGAACAGCAAGGAUGCCGGCGUCGUCAUUGGGAAGACUGGCGCAACCGUCGCAAGACUCCUGGAACAGACCGGCGUCAAGGCUGGCGUCAGCAAGGUCAUCCCCGGCGUCCAUGAGCGGGUUCUAUCCUCCCCUCUUCUCGCAGACUCCUCCUUGGACGUGUCACGACGGUCUCUCUGGGCCUGA